AUUCAUAAAUAUGAAGUCUUCAGAUGCCCAUUCAACUAAAUCAAAAAUUAAAGUAAAAAAGUUUAAACAUAGAAAAAAAUCAAAGGAUCAUUUAUCUGUUCCAAAAUUUGAUUUAAUUACUAGACAACAUUCGGAAUUUAACUAUAAUUUGUCAAGUGAACGUGAAAUACGUAAAAUUCCAGGUCUAGAGGAAUUUAGCUUCAAAAAUCCUCAGGUAGCAGAUUUAAAGCUAUCGCCUAUACAUUAUGCGGCAUGGUAUAAUAAAAGCGAAGCUGUUGAUGUACUUAUUGAAUGUGGGAUAGAUGUGCACGUAGGCGAUCUUGAAGGAGCAACGGCCCUACAUUAUGCUGCUAGAAAUAAACAGGCAAUGUUCAACACAUCAGACUCAAGUCGGAAGGGUGAUAAAUCGGCGUAUAAAAAAAUUAUACGAUCACUUAUGGAUGCUGGAUUAUCAAUUAACGAAGAGGACGAGGCUGGUGGAACUCCUCUAAUGUAUUCCAUUCAGAGAGGAAAUAUUCCAGUUGUUCUUGAACUUCUCUCCAUCCAUGGAAUUGACUUGAAUCAUUCGGACAAAAGAGGCUUCACAGCAAUGCAUCAUGUUGCUAAAUAUAAUAGAAUUAAUAUUUUACCUCACUUGAUGCGGGCAGGAGCAAGAAUCGACGUCGAAGAUGAAGAUGACUACACACCCCUUCAUGUUGCAGCGUAUGAAGGAAACGCCGAAAUUUCAGAAUUAUUAAUUAAAACAGCAAACAAUAAAGAAUAUGUAAAUAGAUUAACUAAAAAUAGCGAAAGCGCAUUAGAUUUCUCUGUAGAGAAUUGUCAUAGGGACACUUUCAAGAUUCUAGUCGACAACCAUGCAAAAAUAAACAAAACUUGCAGAGGCGAAAAGCUAACUCCACUUCACCUUUCUGCAAUGUCUGGUGAUACCUUAAUAGCCGAUAUGAUUCUGAAGAGGGAACCAGCCCUUCUGAAUUCUUUGACUUGUGAAGGGCGUAGUGCUCUCCAUAAAGCUGCUUUGAACGACCAGGUUGCUGUAGCGAAUAAACUCAUAAAUAGGGGUAUUGAAAUUAAUUUGGAAGACCAUCAAUCCUUUACUGCCUUGCACGCUGCUUGUCAAGAGGGAAGUAAGAAAGUUGUAAGCUUACUACUCGAAAAUGGGGCAGAUGCCGCGAAUUUAACAAAUAUGGAUAGAUCAGUUAUACAUUUAGCUGCUAGACACAACAGAGAUGCAGUUUUAAAGAUAUUGUUGGAUUUUAUGAAAAAUGCCGGUAUAAUAGAUAAAUUCAUCAGUGGAGACGACAAAAGAGGCAAUAGUCCACUCCAUUUGGCUGCCAAAAAAGGGUAUUCUGAUGUUGUAGAAAGACUACUCAAGAAUGGUGCUGAUGUAAGAAAUAAAAACGAAGACGAGGAAACCGCAAUGCAUGUUGCAGCAAAAUUUGGUAAAGUUUUGGCGCUAAAGAAAAUGAUGGACUGUACAAAAGACAAAAGUAUUGUUAACGAUGAGGACGAAGAUGGCGGGACACCUCUUCACCAUGCUGCAACUGCUGGCCAUACAAAGACCCUGCAAUUGCUUAUAAGAUCCGGUGGUCACGUAAAUCAUAGAAACCGUUUUAUGUGGACUCCCAUUAUGUGCGCAGCUGAAUCGGGACAAUCUUCAGCAGUAACUAUAUUAUUAAACAAUGGAUGCGAAAUAGAUAGUUUGGAUAGAUAUAGGCAUUCAGCCCUUCAUAUUGCAACUGGAAGAGGUCAUCCUGCUGUGGUAAAAGAAUUACUAAAUAAAAACUUUCAGGUGGAUAUUCGAGAUACAAAAGGAUUAAACGUUCUUGAUAUUGCUAUACAAUAUAAUCAAAAGGAAACAGCAAUGAUCAUAAUAAACAGUUCUCAAUGGAGAAAAUCUUUGAGAAAUUUGAGGUGGGAAGAUGAAAAGAUGAUUACUCCCUUUCGUCAACUAGUUAAAAAAAUGCCCGAUGUAACAAAUAAAGUUUUAGAAAAGUGUAUAGACUUCAACAAAGAUAAGGAUAUAAAGGCUAAAGACCUAAAAAUAACAUGCGAUUUCGAAUUUAUAGAUGAUACCUAUACAAGCGUUCUCUGGGCAGAUGGGAAAAAAGACUGCCCAGAAUCAGUAGAUAACUUAUAUGACAAGAGGUGGCAUCUUGUCCCAGAUGCUGAACCAUACACAAAAAUUGCCGCCGUCCGUCAAGAAAACCAUCCUCUUUCGAUUAUGGUUAGAUCGAAGAGAGCCGAUAUGCUAUAUCAUCCACUCGUUUUAUCUUUAAUAAGACAUAAAUGGAAAAUGGCUCAAAUAACAUAUUUCAGCUUCCUUAUUUAUUAUGUCUUCUUCACGUUUUUAUUAACGGCCUAUAUGGUAUCCCACAGACCACCUUAUAUGAUGAAUUCAACAUUAAUGGAAAAAAAUAUGACUUCUGUUUGUAUACAAGUUUUAGAUGACGAUGCAAAAACAACUAAUUUAGCAAUGAACACGGCUGAAGCGACAGUAACUACUUUGGUAAUGUGGAUAUUUUCGAUAAUAGGAAUUAUAAUUGAGUUAGUUCAAGUUUAUAAUACAAGAUCGCAAUAUAUUCAAAACGCAACCAAUAUUCUAGAUUGGUUCAGUUAUAUUUCAUCUGCAAUUGUUAUAGCUCCAGUUCAUCCUUGCGGAAUUAGACUGCCUUGGCAAUGGCAACUUGGAGCCGCAUGUAUGUUUGUUAUGUGGAUAAACUUAAUAUUGUUUCUUAGGAGACUUCCUAGAGUUGGUAUAUAUAUUGUUAUGGUUGGCGAAGUCUUUAUAACUUUUGCAAAGUUUUUCAUCUUUUGCUUCUCUUUAUUCAUUUUUGCGUUUGGAUUUUCCUUUUUUGUAUUAUUGAGAAACCAACAUCAAUUUUCAACGCCGGGUUAUGCUUUUGUUAAGGCUGGUGUUAUGAUGAUAGGUGAACUCGACUUUGGUGCAAUAUUUCAUGCAGAUAGCGAAAAUGAUCCCGGAUCAAGAGUACACUACGAAGGUGUUACGUAUGCUUUAUUCGUAACAUUUCUUAUAUUAGUCACAAUUAUCAUAACAAAUUUAUUGACUGGUUUAGCGGUUGGCGAUGUUCAAGAGAUAAAAAAUCAAGCUAGACUAAAGAAGCUGGCUAUGCAAGUUGAAUUAUCUUUAGACGUUGAAAUGUCACUUCCAGAGGCUCUUAGAAAGAAGUUCAAUUGUGUCAUUGGAAAAUCAAUCAUUCGACCGAAUCAUUAUUCUUCUAAAAUAAUGACAUUAAUUAAGGUUUUUCUAUCGGGUCCUCUAUCAGCAAUAGCUAUUACGAAGGCUGUUUACAAAAGCGAUAAUACAAAUGAGGAUGAAGGUCAAACUAUAGAAGACUCUCAUACAGAAUCAUAUAACUAUAUAAAAGAACAGGUCAAAACGAUUAAUUCUAGAAUGGACAAAAUGGAAACUAUGCUAAAGAGUCUAUUAGGAACUUUAAGGAGAGAUACAGAUAGCGAUUCAGGAGCGAUGAGUAGUUAUUAA